AUGCGCCUUUUACGAUUUAUCGCCGCUGCCGGGUUAGCCAUUCGAGUAGCAGGACAUACUCAAGAUGAUCUGGACAGCUUUGAGGAGGCCCAGGCCCAGGCACAUAGCCGCUGGGACUACACGUUUGGGUACUCCGGCAUUUCGACCUUUGGUCAUCUCAAGCAUCGGAACUGUCUUCUGGAGCCGGAUCUGCACUAUGAUAUCGGCAUUAUAGGCGUGCCAUUCGACACCGCAGUCUCGUAUCGCCCUGGAGCGCGUUUCGGCCCUCGCGCAAUCCGCGCAGCCUCGAACCGUCAUCUCCCCAGUCGCAGCUUCAGUCCCUACGCUGGCAUCAAUCCAUAUCAGUCAUGGGCGACGAUCUACGACUGCGGCGACGUGCCGACAACCCCGUUCGACAACAAGCUAGCACUGCGCCAAAUGACCUCUUCCUUGCGCGAGUUGAGCGCUCGGCCCUGGGCUGCCGACUCUGAGACGCCGCGCAAGCUUCUCAUCCUCGGCGGCGACCACUCAGUGUCGCUGCCCGCGCUGCGAGCGCUGUCGCAAGCGCACGGGCAGCCGCUAGCCGUGGUGCACUUCGACGCGCACCUGGAUACCCUGCACCCCAGCAGCUACCCCAGCGUGUGGACAUCGGAGCAGAGCGAGUUCACGCACGGCACCAUGCUCUGGCAAGCAUGGAACGAGGGACUCGUGCGGAAUGACUCGUCGGUGCACGCGGGUCUGCGCACGCGGCUGUCCGGCACCGGAUGGGACGACUACGCGCUCGAUGACACUCAAGGAUUCACGCGUCUGACGACCGAAGAUAUUGACGAGGUCGGACCACGGGGUAUCGUCGAUGCCAUCGUGAAACGCGUGGGGCGUGACGCCCCCGUCUACUUGUCCAUUGAUAUCGACGUGCUGGAUCCGAGCACGGCACCAGGAACAGGCGCGCCGGAGCCCGGCGGCUGGACCAUGCGUGAGAUGAACCACAUCCUGCGCGGACUGGGGCAGCUGAAUAUCGUCGGCGCGGAUAUCCUUGAGGUCGCGCCGCCGUUUGACGAUCGGUCCGAGACGACUUCAUUUGCGGCGGCGCAGAUCGCUUACGAGAUCAUGACGCUGUGGGUGAAGCGAGGGUUGCAGGAUAGGGGUCAGGGACGUCCUUCGGUGCACAGAGAUGAGUUGUAG